CAAUUCGAAAUGAGGCUAAUCGUGAUUGUUUGCUGUCUGUGGAGCGCUUCAAGUUUGGGACAGCUGCCUUCUGAUAUCGGGAAAUGCAAGGCUGGCGAUUCCAUUUGCGUAGCCGAAACAGUGACCAGGAUUCUGCGCUUGUAUCCCAAUGGUCUGCCCUCCAUUGGCUUGGAUGCUCUGGAUUCCAUUGGGUUCGAGAAUGUAGUCGUCAGUCGGAUGGAACCAGAUGGACCGUCUACCCUAGAUUUGAGAUUCCAUAACAUCACCGUAAAGGGAUUUGCAGACUCAACAGUAACGGAGGCAAAGGGAUUCGCAGCGGAUCUGCCGCGGGUCCUGGAGUUGAGUGGCUGGAUUCCAUUGCUGAAACUCGAUGGGUAUUACGAGAUGCGUGGCAGUUUGCUGACGAUGCCCAUUCAUGGAAAAGGUCAAGCCCAUGUGGAGAUCAAGGAAUGCCGCGUUCGCUGCAAGGUGCGGGUUUUGGAGGAUCUCCGAGGCGAUGGAAAGCAAUAUGCUGGGAUAGCCAAGGUCAAGUGCUUGCUGGAUGUGCAGGGCAUGCAUAUGAACUUCGACAAUCUUUUCAAUAACCCAGAAAUGAGCGAAGCCAUGAACGUUGUGGCUAACACUAAGUGGUUGGAAAUUUGGCAUACUCUUCGCAGGGGUAUCACCUCUGCAGUGGAUCAAUUGGUAGAGUCUAUUCUCAAGCGAGUAGCUAACAAGUUACCAUAUGAAGAUUUCUAUAGGGAUUAGAAAUACAAUAUAAUAU